AUGCUCAUGGGAAGGGCCAGCACAUUUCCCCCCUCGAGCAACCACCAUCAGCCGCAAACACCCCGCGCCUCCUCCGAGCAUGAGGCCAGAUCCGAACCCCGGACUUCGAUAUCCGACGAGGCUCAGGCCUGCUUUAACCUCGUGUUGAUCCUGCGGAAUGACACCCAACAUCUCAUUUCACUACGAAACGACAACCUCCAGUCAUUUGAGGAGGUUGACACUGCCCGGCCGCUUCUGACCCAGAUCAACAGCGCGAUCACAGCUGCUACCCGCAGUAUACAUGAGCUUGGCCCUUUUUUGGAGCGGCAUCGAUGGCCACCCUGCGAGCCGCCCCGUGCAUCGAUCAUACGGCUGAAGAUCCUUAGGAAAAGGAGCAGGAGUCUUUCGUCGCCAGUGGCCGGCGCAGGCACAACAGUAGAACCGGGAUUGUCUCCCGACGAGUUGUUCUCGUGGACGCUGGCACUGACAGCGCAGCACACUGCCGUCCUGGCUGCUCUCGACCAGCUGGAAAAGUUUCUGGUCUACGGCUCAGCCGACAUCAGCGAGGACGACAGGAGGCGACACGAUGCAACCGGGUCAUGGUGGCAGCAGCGGCACAGCGAGUUCGAGAAUGUCACCCUGAUCCAAUCCAUAUUGCAGAGACCGAGGAGGAAUUUCAGAGCGCAGGCCGGCGCAUCUAUGACGGCGCCGGCUGUUGACAUAACUGAGAACGCCCAUUUUGGUGAUGCCGUCUCGUCAUCGCCAGCUGCGGCUGCAAUAAUUCCAUCUGUCACCGAGCAUGAUGAUGGCAGGUCGGAUACACUCACCUUUUCCGAGCAGUCUAUCAAGUCAUGGCCGAGCGAGAUAAUGAAUGGACUUACCGCUCGCCCGAGGGCUCGCAAUGAAGGCUCUCCUCAGGCACACUCACGCUUGACAUACAAGCCUUUGGAUUUGCGCAUCGCAGACCUUGCAGCACCGGUUUUCUCGGAAUCGGGCCCACCAGUAGCAGUGCAAACAGAAAGGUGUUCAGGACCACCAAUCCACUUAGGCUCAGAGCAGAGAAAAGAAGCAGAGCAGGACACCCAGGGCACAGAAGUCCCGUUGGCGGGUAGCAUGGUCAUGCCAGAGCUGCCGCUUUCUCGCUUCAACAGCAGCGCUCGACGCCCGAGGAUCACAACUACCCCGUUGCCUCCACUCGUUGGUCUCCAGACGCUGAUCCCGGAUACUUCGCAACGAGCACGAUCAGCGACGCUUGACCUAUACCAAGUCGGGCAUGCAGUAUCACCACUUUCGCCAUCUUCGCCGUUGCUCUCACCACCGGGCCUCAGUCGGCACUCAAGCCGGGUGAGUCUGCCCAGCCCGGUCCAGCCCUCCCCGGCCGACACCCCGUUUACGCCACUGAACCAACGGGUCGCAAACAUGUUCGAGCAGAAAACCUUACCUAGCAAGACCAUCCAGCCCGUAAUUCAUGAGCUGGAUCACAUGAUCACAUCUCCCGUAUAUUCGAUGCAGCCGGUUUUCGAGGUGGAUGUCUCCCCCGUGGGUAACAGCCAUCAUACCCAGUCGCCAGCCACACAAGAGGACGAAAAGCAUUGGCCAUACCUAGCCUAUAUGGCGCGGAAGCAGGCCGUUGCGAUGUCGAGGUGGUCGGUCAGACGUUCGCAGUCGACCAAGUCCAAGGGCGGCGAGUGA